AUUUCUAUCAUCGAAGCUGGUACUGCUGGAUCCACCGUGAUCGUUCGAGAGCGACAAGUGCCAGAGAGGUCGAAGUUCUCGGUGACUGGACCGACCAAGGAGGUGGGCUCGUCCGAGUAUCCUGGUGCGCGCUGUCUGAUGUCCGCGAAGAAUCUUGUCAAGUGA